AAGGGGUGCCGUGAGUCCUAAAAGGUUGAGAACAACUGGUUGAACUAAAUACAUUUUCCACCAACCCUUAUUUCUUGAUUAUGACAACAUCUGUGACUGUAAUUGCAAAUCUUUGACUUCACCAAUAGAUGAGAAAUUUCUGGGAUAUUUUCCGAGCUCUGAUUACCUGUAAAACACUAAUGCUGAAGUUUUUUUUGUAUUUUAGACCCUGCUUUAAGAGAAAAGCAUCAUGGAUAAAUAUGAAAUCAUUAAAAUGAUUGGGGAAGGAGCUUUUGGCAAAGUAUUUUUAGCAAAAGGAAAGGUUGAUAAUCAGAAGCGUGUUAUCAAAGUGAUCAGUUUAACAAAGAUGCCUACGAAAGAAAAAGAAGCAUCUCAGAAGGAAGUCAUUCUUCUGGCUAAGAUGAAGCACCCAAACAUAGUAACAUUCUACAGUUCUCUUCAAGAAAGGAGCAAUCUGUAUAUCAUCAUGGAAUAUUGUGAUGGAGGUGAUCUAAUGAAGAGGAUAAAUCUGCAGCAUGGAGUGCUGUUUGAUGAGGACCAGAUUCUGAGUUGGUUUGUGCAGGUCUCCUUAGGAUUGAAGCAUAUUCAUGACAGAAAGGUUUUACACCGAGAUGUAAAAGCACAGAACAUUUUUCUUAGCAAUAAUGGAAUGAUAGCAAAGCUUGGGGACUUUGGUAUAGCAAGAAUGCUGAACAACACCAUGGAGCUUGCCCGUACCUGUGUAGGGACACCCUAUUACCUAUCUCCUGAGAUCUGUGAGAAUCGACCAUAUAACAAUAAAACGGAUAUUUGGUCUCUUGGCUGUGUUCUCUAUGAGCUGUGCACUUUAAAGCAUCCUUUUGAAGGCAACAACAUACAUCAGCUGGUGCUGAAGAUCUGCCAAGGACAUUUUAUUCCUGUGUCUCCAAAGUAUUCAUAUGACCUGAGGAUCUUAAUUUCUCAGCUCUUUAAAAUAUCUCCAAUAGAUCGACCAUCUGUCAAUUCGAUAUUAAAGAAGCCCUUCUUGGGGAAGCUCAUUGUCAGAUAUUUACCCCCUGAGAUAAUACAAGAAGAAUUCAGCCACACUGUUAUACACAGAAAAAGACCUUCGGUAGCACAGCCGGUAUCCAAGCUGGUACAGGCUCCUAAACUUCAGAAAGUGAGAGUCGAGGAACACCUUUCUCCAAGAUCCAAGGUGGCGGCACCUGCCAAGAAACAAGAAUUAUUACAUCGAAAUGAAUGGAAACCUCCUUUGCGAGUUCAGCAGCCUCUUGUCCAGCAGUGGAGCCCCAGAUUUAAGAUGGCUCAAAGGCCAGAAGGAGCCAGAGUACAUGGACCUUACGGUCACUAUUAUGAUAAACUUGACAACUUGCAGCAGGAAGCUUAUGUACAAGAUGACUUUUCUCACUUCAGCCAGAGAGUUGAAGCAUAUUAUAAAGUAAAAGGACAAGUUCCACCCCCUCUGCCCCCUCCUGAGUGGGCUGGAGAAUAUCUUCAAAGACGGCUUGAAGCCCAACAGUACAAGAUGAAAGUGGAAAAACAAUUGGGGCUGCGACCAUCCUCUGCUGACAUACAUUACAACCAGAUUCAGAAGCAGGAAAGCAAAGAAGAAUGCCUCAAAGACCAUCAGCAGGACCUUGCUAGAAAAAACAAAUUGAAGGAACAGGAAUACCUUCAGCAGUUGCAGAAAAUUAGGCAACAAUACCACAAUGAUGUAAAGGAACUUCAGUGUAGAGCAGGAGCCCCGCAGGAGAAUCAAAAAAUACAAGACAAAACCUACCUUGUGAAAGAAGGUAAAGCUGGGAACCAGUCUGAUUCCAAAGAGACUCCUGUAAGAAGAGAAGAACCAGUCCAGGACCUUGAACAAAACUUGAAACAAAUCAGGCUACAGAACUGGCAAGAGAAAAGAGUCCUGGAAAAGAAGCAUAAAACAAAGGGAGGAGUAAAGUUUGAAAUUAAUUUAGAUGCAUGUGUUCCUGAGGAAGACACCAUGCAAAAAGAGGAACCAGAUAGACUUAAUGAGACUCUAACUUUUGAUGACAGUAAGAAUCUUAAGGAGAAACUGGUGAAUGUGUAUGAAGAGCACACAGACAGAGCUUUGGAAGAACUAUGUUGUCAGGAAACAGAUGCUGAUGUGGUAGAUAAUUUCCUGGAAAACAGAAAACAAUGGCAAGCUGAAGCCCCACAGACUGUUCUGAAUUUUUUAGCUGAUGCUGAUGUCACAUCUGUCUGCCCUACAAUGGAAGGAGAUGAACUUGCUGGACAGAUUAUUGUCAUGCCUGAAGAAACCCCAGAAAGCAGGAAGCAAUGGAAUCAAGAAGCACCAGGGACUCUACUGAAUAUAUUAGCAGCAGCAGAGCUGUCUGAGGACUCCUUUAUCCGGACUGAAGGGGAAUUUGAAAGACUAUUAACACCUUGGUUGCCAAAGGAGGAUAAGGAAGAUAACUCAGAAACAGGCUCUUCUAUUGAUGUUGAUGAAGACAGACUGCAGCCAAGAUCAGAUGAUGAUGACACUAACUUUGAAGAAUCAGAGGAUGAAUUAAGGGACGAGCUGGUGGAAUCCCUGGAAAAAGUAGUAACUUCACCAGCAGAGGAAGUUAAAGAAGUUCCAGUACAUUCAACAAAUGAAGACAAACCAGAAGAAAAAAAAAGCCUGGCAAGCGAAACACCUGGAAGCUCUGAUGAGGUUUUAGACAAUUACCCUGAUCCAUCUACUGCUACUGUGUAUAACAAAGAAGAUGGAGACAAGGCAGGAAUAAGCUAAAACAAAUGGACUCUUUUCAGGUGACAAAGACAAGAUGAGAGCCAUGGUCUCUGCAUAAGUGUCCUCAUUUUCUGCCAGAAAUCCUGUAAUAUUUCCU